AGAGAGUUGAGCUCAGCUCAGAGAGUGAGCGGAGCUUCCUGGACGGACUCAGCUGAGACAGGAGCUCCUCUAGAGGAGAGGGCCUGACAGGAGAGCCCUGUAGAGCCGCCUGCUGCUGCUGCUGCUCUCACCUCUCUAUCGGCUCACCUAACUCAGGCUCUGGGAGGAAAGCCGUGAAGCUGUUUAAUCAGAGGCAGAUUGUUUCAGCCACACAUGUUCCUGUGCCUCAUAAAUAAGAUCGCUGCCACUGCGGACCUGGAAUCAAGCUGCUCCCUCACCAAAGGCAAGGAUCAUGGGGACUGUAGAUUGCCGGCAUGACCAGCGGAAACCCUAGAAACAACCCCAAUCCCCUUUCCCUGCCUCGCCCCGCCAUGGCCAGCAGGAGUCCCGCCAUUAACCUGGAGGACGAGGAUUCGUCACAGACGAUGGCCGAGGCUGCUGCUGCUGAUGAUGAUGGCUUCUGCAAGCUGUGCCUGAGCCUGCAGCCGCCUGCUGCCAUCAGGGAGCUGCAGAGCUGCAAGUGCAUGUUCUGCACAGCGUGUUUGCAGCAGUAUGUCCAGCUAGCCAUAAUGGAGGGUGGGGGGGCUCCAAUCACAUGCCCAGAUAUGGCUUGCCCUAAAAGCGGAGUGCUGCUAGACUCAGAGAUUGCCAGCUUGGCGUCUCCACAUCAGGCGGAGCUCUAUCAGCGUCUAAAGUUUGAGAGAGGCGUAAAGCUUGACCCCAACAAAGCGUGGUGCCCGGUACUUGAAUGUCAGGCGGUGUGCAGCGUUCAGGCGAGCACCGAGGGCCGACCGGCUGCGGUGGCCUGCCCUGCUUGCCGCACCCUCUUCUGCUCCAGCUGCAGAGACACCUGGCUGGACGGCCACACCUGUCUUGAGCAGCAGCCCAUGAUAGCCCCCUUCCUGUCUGAGGAAAACAGCGACUCGGACGUGUCCAUCAAGCAGUGCCCGAUGUGUGGCGUGUACAUCGAGAGGAACCAGGGCUGUGCACAGAUGCUGUGUAAGAGCUGCAAACACACGUUCUGCUGGUACUGUCUGCAGAACCUGGAUGGCGACAUCUUCCUGCGGCAUUACGAUAAGGGCCCCUGCAGAAACAAGCUGGGACACUCCAGGGCCUCAGUCAUGUGGAACAGGACACAGGUGGUGGGCCUCCUGAUGGGCGCCAGCCUCAUCGUGCUGGUGACAUCCCCUCUCCUCCUGCUGGCCUCGCCCUGCAUCCUGUGCUGCGUCUGCAAGCCCUGCAGCAGAAAGAAGAAGAAGAAGAAGAAGAAGAAGAAGAAGAGGGACCCCAGCCCCUCGUCAUCAUAGCGGCUUCAGCCCCCAUGUGCCUCUACCAGGAUAACUCCACUAGCAUCCUGAACACCACAGAAGGUGCAAAGUGUUGGAUGAACUUUGGAAAGUAAAGUUUUUGUUUUUCUUCUGUAGAGACCGUGGCCCCUUUAGCGGGCUGCCUUGAUAGAUGAGUAAAAACUUUAAUGUUAAACUUCAGCCGACAGCUGUCCAGUCGUCACUCUGUCUCAGUGUAAAUAUGUGGAAUGUGAGUCCCCCCCUCCUUUUGCAGCGGUUACUUUCCGAUGCAUAGCAGCCUAUAACUGGACAGCGGGUACUGAAUGUUUUGCUGCACAGGGCUCUUUCUUUAACUCUCCUCUGCACACACACACACACACACACACACCUUCACACACACAGAUCAAAGUGCAAAGCCACCCUCAUGUGCCAAACAUCACGAUGCCAAACCAGAGGCGUUAAGGGCUCAAGUGCCUCUCUGUACAGUUCCAGGUGCUUGGUGUGAUUUCUUUUGCCUUCCAUUCUACCUAUACUGUAUCUUAUGCAAAAAAGGAAGAAAAAGAAACUCUGAAAGUAGAAAACAGUUGAAAAUCACACAGGGCUGGAGGACUUUGGUGAAUAUAUGAUGGUCUUUAUUAAUUGGUGAAGGUAGCAGAUAGCAAAACACUAGCUGUUUAAAAUCUGUGUGGAGAUGAGACCUAGUCAGACGCUGGAUCUGUGUUUCAACCUGGCUUCUGUUCCAGACCAAAGGCUGUAAUAUAGAAUCUAUACUUUGCAAAAAUGUGUUAAUUUAAUAUUAAUGUUUUUUUUUUCUGUCUAUUACUGUCUGUCAUUUCUAUGUUACUGUUUAUGUUUCAGCAUUUUCUAAACGCAUCAUUACAAAUAAAAACGUUUUAUCAAA